CUGCCUCGAGAAUUGGCAGGAACGAAAUAAGCUAAAAGCAGGCGCAAGUACAUGCCAUGAAACGAUCCCGCGCCUGCGACGACCUCGUGGCGCUGGCCGCCGAGGCCUCCACACAGAAUAGCAACAGCGGAGGCACACUACGGGGCACUGUGGACGACUGGACGCCUUUCGUGGAGGGUCCAGUUCACCGGUUUAAGCGCUCACGGGCCGCCGUGGACAGUCCCAGCAGCAGCGGUGACGAGGCGGACGAACAGGAGCGGCAGGACCGACACUCUCUGCAGUUCAUGUUGGAGAACGACCGUCUGUCUCUCAGCUCGGAGGUGUCGCUUAGUUCCUCCGCGCCCUCGAGCUCGUCUGUGCUGGACGACGACAGCUUGCCACUGCGUCGCAACUCGCGCGAAAAGAUGUUGCUCAGGAAGAAGAAGCAGCGAGUCGCGGACAUUACCAACAGGUUCAAUGACUUUGGCAUUCACGAUGACGUCGCGGCGAGGACGAACUUGCAUUUCCCGACGCCGCUGCUGGCAAAACCGCAGCCGAUGGUCAUGAUGGAGACACCCGAAACGCCGGAGCCCCGCAUUUUGCGUGGCCUUUGCUUCCCGCGUGAGGCGCGGUGUAUUGACCCUCUCGAUAAGCGACAGGCUCAGCCGUUCGACAUGUCAGCCUUCAUCAUGCUGUCCAUCUCGCCAGAGCGAUGAAGGAAGUGUCCAGUCAAGUAACCGCAAGUAACCUGAGCACCGUGUUAGAGCGGUGGAGCACGAGCGACAAGGACCUCAGUGAUCGAUCAGAUCGGACAAAAGAUCAUCUCCCUGCUUUGGACGGCACCCCCAAGAACAAGCAGUAAGGCUUGUCACCUCGUCGCCGGUGCCUUACGCCACCUCCCACCGUAGCCUAUUGAUUAUUUCUCGAGCGACGCCGUAGUUCGCCAGUCUCUCUAUACACUAUUUAUUGGAACCCGGUAACGCUCAAAACUAAAGAAGCUUUCCACGCCAAGAUCACCGUUUUCUUUUAGCGCUCCUUCGAUUUGGCUGAUCGUCGGUUUGUGUUGGAGUGGUGCUGGCUGGAUUCUUCAGCACGCAAUACGCUUUGCCAAGCUAACACCUUAUCUUAGCAGCGCAGGAAGUAACCAAGCCCACCAUCUGCGAGACUCUUCACGGAGCACUGCGGCUACUUCAACCGUAAAUCUAUUCGGAGUCGCUUCGUGGCUUGGAGAAGGAUGAGGCGUCCUCAGCGUCCGCUGCAGCGAAAGUCGGCCUUGGCGGCUUCAGCAGUUUCAUCGCUAACAACGUCCGCAUCCUAUUGCUACGUUUCAUCGCUAACAACCUCCGCAUCCUAUCGCUACAUGCAUCGCCUCUUUCUUCUCAUUUUAUUUUUAUCUUGUGUUUGCCAUCAAAUUUCUAAAAUUUUUAUUGCUAAAACAAAUUGCUUGAAGUUACAACCCACACGACA